AUGUGUGAUGCGUGUGGACGAAAAGACGAAAGACGUGCUGAAAGAGUGGCCAUUGGAACAAGUCCGCCGAUGGAACACCUCGCCAAGAACGUUCACAUUGCUCAUCCGUUCCAGGACUUCGGUGACUAUCAAGAUGGUUACUACUCCGUGCAGACGUUGGAUGGUGAGAAAAUUGGGCAGCUCAUCGCUGGCUAUAUUGACAUUAUCGUGAAGAAGAAGGCUAUGAAGGAUCAUCUGGGAAUUGAAGGAGACGAAGGGUCGACUAUGCUCGAAGACGUUGUUGCACCAGCUAAGGCAACUCUGGUGGCACACGGACAGAUUGGAGCCGGACAAUACGCUCAGGAUGGUCACGUAGCGUUGCGUGGUGUGCUACGUACCCCGCAGCAGCAGCCCCACGGUUACGGUUAUGGUAUCAACGGUGCGCAGUACGGUGCUGUCAG